UUUCGUAACCCAGUUAUCAAUUCGCAGGAAAAUUUGACGUGCUCGCAGUGCAAAACCCACUUAAUACUAUAAUCAAAGGAGAUUACUAUGUCUGUUCGAAUUAUUUUGGCAUUAGUCCUGACAUUAGCUGUUGUCAAAGCUGCAAAUGUUCUACUUCUACCACAAUCUGCCCACAGCCACUGUUUGGAAAUGGUUGGCAUCGCUAACGAAUUAACAAAGCGAGGACAUUCCGUUUAUGCCUACGUAACAUAUGCAACUAAAGCACAUUGUUUUGAUGGCAGUAAUGUUACGGUCAUCCGAUUUGCUUUGUUAGAAGAAGGGGUGCAACGCCGCUAUGAAUUCUUGAACAAAACGAUUGAAGCGGUUUUUAACGGAGGCAAUAUAAUAACUUCCGGUCUUGCAUUUGCUAUUACUAAAGGGUGUGAAGACCACUGUCAAGGGGCGUUAUCGUCUUCAGCAGGACUGAAAAGACUACAAUCUCUUAAAAUCGACAUAACCCUUGCUGAUGCAGUGCCAUUGUGUAACUGUCUUUAUUAUUUACCACGUUUUCUAAAGACCCCCGUUGUCAGUAUUUGUAGCUUUAUACUGGAAAGUAACUCUGGAAUGCCCUUUACUUUCAAUACGAAUCCACUUUUAAUGAGUUCCUAUACUAGUGAAAUGACCUUUUCACAAAGAUUAUUGAACCUGUUAGGUACUUUAGCCUUUAAUUUGGCCUUGAGAUUAGCGUAUGUUGUUAAUCCGACUGAUGUUACCAAGUUAAAACAAUAUGUUCCAGCAGAAGUCUUUGAUAUUGAAAAAGAUGAAAUGAUUCGAGAAUCUGUUUUGUUUUUAGAAAAUUCGGACACCAUCUUGGAAUAUCCGAAAGCUACGUAUCCAAAUUUUAUCCGUGUUGGUGGAAUAACAACUCGUCCUCCAAAACCUCUCCCUAAAGAUCUGGAAAAGUUCAUGUCCUUGUCACAGAAUGGCGUGGUGGUAGUCUCUUUUGGAAGUAUGCUGAAAAAUGCACCACCUUAUCUUUUUCAAAAAUUGUUGAAAGUUUUUCAAAAUCUAAACCAUAAUGUAAUAAUGGCACAUAGUAAAAAUGAAAACUAUGGUAAUGUGAAAACUGUAGAAUGGCUGCCACAAAAUGACGUGUUGGGUCAUCCUAAUACUCUUCUAUUUAUUUCACAUUGUGGUAAAAAUGGCUUCUUUGAAGGUUUUUAUCAUGGUGUGCCUAUCAUUUGUACACCUCUUCAUGCCGAUACUUUCUCUACGGCCAUUAAAGUCAAAUAUCAUAAAGUCGGAAGUUCGGCAGAUAUACUUAAUGGCGAUGCUGAUAAAAUACUGAAUAUUAUAAAAGACACUUUAAAUGAUAAAAGUAUUAAGAGGAAUAUGAAGAAAGCUUCUGCUAUUUUUCAUUCGGCACCAUUCACUCCACAAGAAAGAGCCGCUAAUGCUAUAGAACAUGUAUUAAAGUUUGGUGGUGAUCAUUUAAAACCAGUUUCUAGUAAAAUGUCUUUAAUAGCUCAUACUAUGCUAGAUAUUUGGUUUACAUUAUUUUUACUUACAUCUAUUAUACUUUAUAUAUUUUAUAGAUUAAUACGAGGUUGUUUUAUUUGUAUAUUCUGUAGAAAACAAAAUACAACUCCAAAGAAGAAAAAGGACUGAAAUAUUAUAUAAAACAAGAAUACUUUUAAAUUGUACAUUUUGACCGGAAAAGGCUUUAUUUGCAUAUUUAAAUAUUAUAGCUACUGUUCUCGUGAUAAUCUACGAAAUAAUAUAGUAAUUAGAAUUGUUCAAGUUGUUGGGGAUUAACCACUUUAUGUAAUGGUAGUGGGGCAACUGGAAGGUUUGUUAAUAAGUUUGUAACGUGUUUCUAUAGAUUUGGGAAUCAAAGAUAUAUAAAUCCAAGAAACAGUCAGUUCUUUAGUUAGGUUUACUAACUAUAAACUUAUUAGAAACCUGACCAGUUGUUAUGGUAUUUAGGUAUGUGUAAAUAUAUUAGGUUUAAUAUCAAGUCAUUUUGUAUAUAUAUAUAGAAGUUUCUAAGAAUAAUUAAUUAUAGUUAUUAAUUUCAUUUAUCUUAUCCAUAUUCAAUAUUAUUUUGUAAUACUUACUGUAUUUUUAUUAUUCAUAUUUUGAGUUACGUUUUACUAACUAUAAACUUUUUACAAAUCUGACCAGUUGUUCUGGAGCUAGCCAUUGUUGAAGAAAGCAUGCAGCUCUUUGGAAAUGAAAUGAAAUGAAAUGGGGUUUAACACGCUACUGUUCUGCACCGACUGGACUAACGAGGAUGAGAAUAAGUCAUCAUACAGUGUACUAUGAGCUUAACUCGUAUAUUGAAUUACAACAAGGAUCGAACACGGGUCCUCCGGGUUAGCGGACCAACGUCUUACUCACUGAGUCGCCGUUUAAGUAGAAGAUUUAAUGUGAUUCAGUCGAGGUGGAAAUGGGUGAAACCAAGUCCAAACAAAUACGGUUAUAAUAGUUCUAUAGGAAACCCAACAGUUCAGCUCAUUUCAUGUUCAAAUUAUCCAUCGAGUCGUCAAAACGGUAAAAAAAAAAGUCAUUAUCUGAUGAAGUCUUCGCCUGUUGAACUCUCAUCCUUAUUAACGGAAUGGAACUUACUGAGUCUGAACUUGCGUUGGUUUUUCCCAUUCCUGGUGUAGUACCUAGUCCAAAUCGUGAAGAUUCUGCCAGAUUGUGCGUCCAAGAAUGUCUCUGAUAUGCCCAAUUGGAUUUAGGCCAUUGCUUCUGGUUGGCUACGUUAGUGUAUAUGAACAGACGCAGAAAAUCAACAAGGACGCACACGUUGUGUUCUAGUUUUGUUGUCCAUAAAGAUUGGUCGUGUGAGAAGAGGAUGAUUGUCAAAGUGGGGAACCACAACCCUAUCCACGAUCUCUCUUUGGUAUUAAAAUUAUCGGUAACUGUUACCAGUGGAAGCUUACAGUCAUAUGAAAGGCAACCCUAUAUCGUCAUAGAGCCACUAAUGAAUGAAACCUGCUCUAUCGGAUGUCCCCAUAGUGCAGCUACUAUUUUAUCGUUUUGUAGAGUCGUUUGACAGUUCACCACCAGCGUCCUCUGUUGUCACAAUAUUCAGGUUAGAUGAGUUUGCAAGAUUGGUAUUUGGAGAUUUGUAUUUGAAAAUUUAUUGUACGAGAUUUGUUUUUUGUUGUAUAUUUCUGGUGAAAUGUAAAUGUUUUUUUUUUUUAUUUUCGAAAAGAAAUUGUAUCAUUACAUUAAAGUACAAUUAAAUGAAACAAAGAUACAA